AUGCGCAGCUUUUCCCGCUGUUUCUCACUGCUACUGCUGUUACUACCAGUAUUAUUGUUUCUUGUCUUUCCUGCAACUUCAACCUCAGACGACAGCACCACACCUCCACCAAUAAACAACCUAAACCCCAUAAUACACGCCCGGAUAUCGCUGCGCUGCGAGACGAGCUCCACCUCGCCAUGGUCCAGCGACGUACUCAACGCUGCCACAAUCCUAUUCACACGCGGGCGCAAGCGGUGCCAGCAAACCAACACGGUGGGGUCUGUGUGCAAGCUACUGAAGACGCUCGACACGGCAUCAAUAGGGAUAUGUGCGAUACCAGGGCACUGGGUGACGUGCCAGCAGGCUGGAGAGGUUGCGGGGAAACUGGUGGAGAAAUGCCAGAAGUUUCUGAAUGGCGCGUGGAGAGUGGGCGGGUACGUGCUGGUUGACCAUAACACGAGACCAGAGGUUGUGAGGAUUAUCGUUUAUAAUAGCGGCGAUAAUUAA